ACUUCCGUCGCUCCACAUGGACCAAACAAACUGUGAACGGCAGGGAAACUAAAAAAAUAUCUUGCUGUGUUUAAUAGAGCGCUCAUAUUGAAUCUUUUAUUUGAGUUUGUAGCUGUUAGCUACACAUAUUUUAUAAUUUAACAUGCUUCUUUUUUGUCCAACCUGCGGAAAUGUUCUAAUUGUCGAGGAAGGUCAGAGGUGCAUGAGAUUCGCCUGCAACACAUGUCCGUAUGUACACAACAUCACAAGAAAGGUAAAUAACAGGAAGUAUCCCAAACUGAAGGAGGUGGAUGAUGUUCUUGGUGGAGCUGCAGCUUGGGAAAACGUGGACUCAACUGCUGAAACCUGUCCAAAGUGUGAGCAUCCUCGGGCGUAUUUCAUGCAAAUUCAGACCAGAUCAGCCGAUGAGCCGAUGACGACUUUCUACAAAUGCUGCAAUGCCCAGUGUGGACACAGAUGGAGGGACUGAAACCUUAACACAAUUGUAAUGUAUUUAAAGUUUAUGCAGCAAAGACACUCAUACCUUAUCCUUCAUUUUUGAGCCUAUAUUUAAUGUCAACAGGCUCUGGUAGAUUUGGAAACUCUUCCAGUGUUUUCCAAUUGGUGCAGUUUCGUUUCUGUGUGUUCGCUCAGCUGAGGUUCAUUUUUGUUUUUUGUGGUUUCGGAUGAUAUUUAAAUACAGUGUUCACUGACAUAAGCAGAGUUCAUUUUCUAAAUAACAUUAAAAUAAUCUGAAUGACAAAAAAAAAAUCAUGUUCUGAUUUUUAUUGAUAAAAUAGUACCUGUAUACAACAGUCAAACAAAUUUUUGACUUACAUCGUUAUACAUAUCACAGACAUUUAGAGAGCAAUGCAGACCAGCAUUAUCCACAACAAUGGCAUACAGUACUUCGUAUUUAAAGUUCAAUGCAAUCCUUCAACUCAAAAUUCACUUUCUUGCACAGUUUAGCUAGCCUCAAGGAGAAAAAUCAAAUCAAAUGCGCAUAGUGUUCAGGAACUAGCCAGUGAGAAUUACUUGUUUGGAUGUGUGGCUCAUGCAGACAAACUGCACUUUGUGAGUGACGGUGAACGACAGCUCGGGCAUGCUGUGGUGGCCAUACAAAUGGUCCUUCAUUGUUAGUAAUCUCAAUGGAAUCACAAUGUCAUUUUGCAGGAUGUCUGAUACAAUCAUUGAUUUGAAGCUUGUUCCUAGCAGAGUUCACUAUUUAGUAUUAGUCGAAAGACAGUGGUAUUCAUUAUCUAACAUGCAUCUGAGCAAUGUGGGUAUUCUUAAGGGGCUGAUGCCAUAUUGGGAGGUUUACAGGCUAAACCAUGUUCUGUGAUGAUGAUGGUGCCACCGCCCCAAAUUGUUUGCCAACAUACCGUUCUAGAGAGAGGACACUAGAUUGCAAAGAUGUUGCUUAGUGCAUCUUCACCAGUAACAGUGAAAAUGUCAGCUCUACUUUAAGUCUACUACAAUCAUACACUACUUUUAAUUUGACACUAAGUCCUCUAUGUCCAAAUCUCUCAAAGACUAAUGACAGCUGAGGUUAAUUGUGUUUAUGAAUGCAUCAGUGGGGGGGAAUUGAAUUCCAACUUAAAGUGCUUGGCUUUAUUGUCAAAAUUAAAUAACCAUAGACAGAGGGCAAUAACUGUAAAUCACUCAACAUUUUGUGACUACUGACUGAAGCCCAGAAGAUUAAUAAAUAUAGCAAGUAACAUCUUGGGCAUUCCCAAACAAGCAAAUACAUCAGUCUAUCGAGCUAAAAAUGGUUCGUAAGUGUGCUCACAUUCAAAAAGGGAUCAUGAUAAAAGGAAAAGCUAGAUCUGUUAGAACAUAAUGAUCAGACAUGGACAAAAAUGUUCACAGUUCUUAAUAUUAAUUUCGUAAAAUACUGGAUAAAAUAUUUGAAAUAAAUAUGAAAAAAACAAGAAAGCUAACCCAGCAUGUUUGACUUCAGUAUGUUUGCUUCUCAGCAAGAUUCACAGAUGAAUUUAAAUAAAUAAAGUGACCAUUUUCACAGCUUUCUCUAA